AUAAAUUAAUUAAUAAAAAAGCAAAAGCCCAAAAAUUCUAUAAGAAAGCAAAGCCGCUUCCGUCUUUUGAAGUUACCCUCUCUUCGCGAGUCCGUUAUUACCUUGUUGUCGUCCAAAGGUUUCAGAUUGUUCCAGAACCCCAAAAACCCUUCCCUCUCAUCGAUCGCUUCGCUAGAUAUUUUUUUUUGGCUGGGAGAUUAACCAAAGAUGAGCGUGGUCGGUUUUGAUUUUGGUAACGAGAGCUGCAUUGUUGCCGUUGCGAGGCAGAGGGGGAUUGAUGUUAUUCUCAAUGAUGAGUCCAAGCGUGAAACACCUGCAAUUGUGUGCUUUGGUGACAAACAACGGUUCAUUGGAACAGCUGGAGCUGCAACUACUAUGAUGAACCCAAAGAAUUCGAUAUCGCAGAUAAAGCGGUUAAUUGGUAAACAAUUUGCCGAUCCAGAAUUGCAGCGGGAUCUGAAGUCAUUGCCUUUUGUUGUCACUGAAGGGCCUGAUGGAUAUCCUUUAAUUCAUGCAAGGUACCUUGGUGAAGCUAAAACAUUUACACCGACCCAAGUCCUUGGAAUGAUGUUUUCAAAUCUUAAAGAAAUAGCCCAGAAGAAUCUGAAUGCAGCCGUUGUUGAUUGCUGCAUUGGAAUUCCUGUUUAUUUUACUGAUAUUCAGAGGAGGGCAGUCGUGGAUGCAGCCACUAUUGCUGGUUUGCACCCACUUCGCCUGUUUCAUGAAACAACAGCAACUGCCUUGGCUUAUGGAAUUUAUAAGACUGAUCUUCCUGAGAAUGAUCAGCUGAAUGUUGCCUUUGUUGACAUUGGACAUGCUAGCAUGCAAGUGUGCAUUGCUGGAUUUAAAAAGGGGCAGCUGAAAGUGUUGUCCCAUCAAUAUGAUAGGUCUUUGGGCGGUAGGGAUUUUGAUGAGGUUCUGUUCCAUCAUUUUGCUGCAAAAUUUAAGGAGGAGUACAAGAUUGAUGUUUUCCAGAACGCUAGGGCCUGUCUAAGGCUGAGGGUUGCUUGUGAAAAGCUGAAGAAGAUGCUUAGUGCGAAUCCAGAGGCACCUCUGAACAUUGAGUGCUUAAUGGAUGAGAAGGAUGUGAGGGGAUUUAUCAAGCGUGAUGAGUUUGAGAAACUAAGUCUUCCAAUUUUGGAGCGUGUGAAGGGACCUUUGGAGAAGGCUCUUGCAGAAGCAGGUCUUACAAUUGAGAAUGUACACAUGGUUGAGGUGGUUGGUUCAGGUUCUCGUGUACCAGCUAUAAACAAAAUAUUGACAGAGUUUUUCAAAAAGGAGCCUAGGCGUACAAUGAAUGCUAGUGAGUGUGUUGCUAGGGGUUGUGCGUUGCAGUGUGCGAUUCUCAGUCCGACUUUUAAAGUACGAGAGUUUCAGGUCAACGAAAGCUUUCCUUUCUCUAUUUCUCUUUCGUGGAAAGGUUCUGGUCCAGAUGCACAGGAUAGUGGACCUGAUAAUAAGCUAAGUACCAUUGUUUUCCCUAAGGGAAAUCCCAUUCCAAGUGUCAAGGCUCUGACAUUUUACAGGUCUGGAACCUUUUCUGCUGAUGUGCAAUAUGAUGAUGCGAGUGAUUUGCGAACACCUGCAAAGAUCAGCACAUAUACUAUUGGCCCUUUCCAAUCUACAAAAAGUGAGAAGGCAAAAAUUAGAGUGAAAGUUCGUCUUAAUUUGCAUGGAAUUGUAUCUGUUGAGUCAGCAAUUCUCCUGGAAGAGGAAGAAAUUGAGGUUCCAGUUUCCAAAGAAUCAGCAGGAGAAAGUGCUGGGAUGGAAACUGACGAAGCUCCUGCUGAUGCUGCUGUACCUCCCAGCCCUAAUGACAAUGAUGUUAAUAUGCAAGAUGCUAAGGCAACUGCUGAUGCCCCUGGGGCUGAAAAUGGAAUCCCUGAGACUGGAGACAAGCCUAUGCAAAUGGAUACUGAUACCAAGGUUGAGGCUCCAAAGAAAAAAGUGAAGAAAACAGACAUUCCAGUGGCAGAGGUAAUUUAUGGAGCGAUGGCACCUCUGGAUGUCCAGAAAGCUGUAGAGAAGGAGUUUGAAAUGGCUUUGCAAGAUCGGGUGAUGGAGGAAACAAAAGACAAGAAAAAUGCAGUUGAGGCUUAUGUAUAUGACAUGAGAAACAAGCUUAAUGACAAAUAUCAAGAAUUUGUCAUUGCUUCAGACAGGGAAAAUCUUACUGCUAAGCUUCAGGAGGUGGAAGACUGGUUAUAUGAGGAGGGUGAAGAUGAAACUAAAGGCGUAUAUGUUGCCAAACUAGAGGAGCUCAAGAAGCAAGGUGAUCCAAUUGAAGAGCGUUACAAAGAUUACAUGGAGAGGGGUACAAUAAUUGAUCAACUCAUCUAUUGCGUAAAUAGUUACAGAGAAGCUGCGAUGUCAAAUGAUCCCAAGUUUGAUCACAUUGACAUAAACGAGAAACAGAAGGUCUUAAAUGAAUGUGUGGAAGCUGAGAACUGGCUUAGGGAGAAGAAGCAGCAACAGGACUCGCUUCCAAAAUAUGCCACCCCUGUACUCUUGUCAACUGAAAUAAGAAAGAAAGCCGAGGCUGUUGAUAGGUUCUGUAAGCCGAUUAUGAUGAAACCAAGGCCAGCCAAGCCAGCUACUCCAGAAGCACCAGCAACCCCGCCACCUCAGGGUGGUGAGCAGCAGCAACCUCAGGAGAAUGCUGAUGCUAACACCAAUGAGAAUGCAGGGGACAGUGGUAAUCAGGUCCCACCACCCUCUACUGAACCAAUGGAGACUGACAAGUCAGAGAAUGCAGGCUCUGCCUAAUUUUGUUUGUUGAAUUUUCUCUGAAAUUCAUGACAUCUCGAGUAGUCUCUCUCUACCUUUUGUACAAGAAUAUGAAUUGUGCAUGAGAAAAUAGGUUUUGAUGAGUUGACAGUGAGCGGUUGCUGGGAUGCUAGUUUUAUUAAAUAUCAUGUUGUGGGAUCUUUUUCUUUUUCUUUUUAUUUAAAAAAAAAAUACGUUCUCUAGUUUUUUAGGUUAUUUGUGUACCAUUUUCUACAAGUGGAAUUACAAUGUUUGUUUUCAUUUAAAUUAAAUAUUCCAAUUUCUA